CGCUCAGUACCGAUUUGUAUUUUGACGCGUACGCUUAGUAAAAGCAGUCGUUGCUAAAUUGUUUUGCUUUCUGUGUGCCUACGCGCGCGUGCGUUCGUCUGCUGCGAUAAGAAUCUACGCGAUAAGAAAGGCUUUGAUUGGAUCAAAGCCAACUUUGAUUUUUUUUUCUCGACCGUGAUUUGUGACGGUGAUUGUGGUGAAACAGCGUGAUCCAGGUGAUUGAGUGUCAAUCGAUCAUUCAAUGACAUUCUAUUCGCGUAGCAUGUUCUGAAGGUGUGGGCUCAGGCGGUCGUUGUGUCUGAAUUCGAAUGCGAUAUCGAAACAAUAGAAGUGCGGGUGUGGUGGGCACGGGACUCCCGAGCUGUUGGGUGAUUCAUGAGUCAGAAUUUAGCGGGAUUUGAAUGGGACCGACGUUCGUUCAUUUAUGUGGUUGUUUUGAUUGAAGUUUCGUGUGGAGUUUUUUUUUACGGGGCGAUGAACGUCGUAUUAUAAUAGGCAACAAUUACGCCCACACGAAAUAAUUCUUAGGCUUUCCGUUAAUGCAUGGACGCGAACCUAACCAUUAGGGCGGAGAACGAUGGGCAGAAGGUGAUCGAAAACGGACGAAACUAUCCCCGGAAGGGAGUUGGUGCAGGCAAAAGUGACGAACGGAAUUUGAGUGAUUUCUCGUUCGGGUCAUUUGAAGGAAGUGCAAAGUUCCGAACUGAAGGAACCAGGUGUAAGAAGGAAAACGAGUGCAAAGCUUACUGAGUGAAAUAAAAAUAAAAUAAAAAGAAGAAGCCAAAGGCAUUUAGUGCGUCAGCAAGGUGCGACAGAGCCAAUCGAUGGAAUGUGAUUGUGGUGGCAGUAGCAAGUGAUUCGGUGGCAAAGCAGAAGAACCGACAAAAGUCGAAAAGGAAGAUUAUAAUAAGUGGCGGGGGAGUUCCACGUGCGUCCAAUAUUAUGCUAAUGAAACGUGAGACGACGAAUACGAGGUCGUCUGCGAAUCGAAAAUAAAACUUGGGCCAGUUUGGGCGACGUGGACGCUCGACAGCAGAAGCGGAGAUUAGCACAGCGAUAAGCCGUUUAUCGGUUGUGAUUGAUUGGGUGAAACGAGUUCAAGCGGAGAGCGCAAGCACUGCGAUGGACGCCAAGGACAAGAACAAGGAUCCGCAGCCGUCGUUCAGCUUCAUAAGGGGUUCCGACCCGAGGGCUGCAACCUGCCGGGGUAAGCUGCAGAGUCGCCGGUGUAAGCUGAACCAGGAAAUCAACAAGGAGAUGCGGUUACGGGCCGGGGCGGAGAACCUGUUCAAAGCGACCACCAACAAGAAGCUGAAGGACACGGUCGCGCUGGAGCUCAGCUUUGUGAACUCGAACCUGCAGCUUCUGAAGGAGCAGCUGUCCGAGCUGAACUCGUCGAUGGAGAUCUACCAGAGCGAAGGAAUGGACUACGUGAUUCCAAUGAUCCCACUCGGACUCAAGGAAACCAAAGAGGUCAGCUUCAUGGAACCCUUCUCGGAUUUUAUCCUGGAGCACUACAGUGAAGACUCGUCGGUGUACGAAGAUGCCAUCGCUGACAUCACCGAUACGAGACAGGCCGCCAAAACCCCCACCCGAGAUGUUCAGGGCGUGGCACUUUUGUUCCGCUACUACAACCUUUUGUACUACGUCGAGAGACGAUUUUUUCCGCCCGAUCGAAGUCUGGGGGUUUACUUCGAGUGGUAUGACUCGCUGAUUGGGGUCCCGUCCAGUCAACGGACGGUCGCAUUCGAGAAAGCCUGUAUCCUGUUCAACCUGGCCGCCAUCUACACGCAGAUCGGAGCCAAGCAGGACCGCUCCUCGGAGAAGGGCCUGGACUCGGCCGUCGACAACUUCCUGCGGGCGGCUGGCGUGUUCAAGCACAUCUACGACACCUUCACCAACGCGCCCUCGAUGGAUUUAAAACCUCAAGUCCUAGAAGUGCUAGUGGCACUGAUGUUGGCGCAGGCACGUGAGUGCCUGUACGAAAAACUUUUACUACAGCUAGAAGAAAUGACCAAUUCCGAUUGCAGUUCGCUCCAACGCAAUCUUUCCGGGGAGGCUACCCAACUGACGAUGGAGUACCGGGAGAUUCAUCGAAUAAUUCAGAGUAACGAGGCGCACACAUUUUUGCCGGAGUCUUGGGCAGGGCUAGUUCCCCUGAAGUCCGAGCACUAUAAAGCCCUCGCCCACUACCACACGGCCAAAUCAAUCGACCCGGCGCUGCAUACCUUCAAAACGAGCACCCCAUCCAAAUCAUCCAAGCAGAAGGCAGCCCUCGGCAGCACGGCCAACCUCGUCAGUCAAAACCUCUCCCAGUCGCUGGACACGUUCAUCUUCGACGAGUCCUCCCUCGAGGGGGACCUCAACCCAGCGAUGCUGAAAAAGGCCCACCUCCGCGAGUCCCUCUCUAGUCACGAGGAAGCCCAACGGUUGCAGCGGAUGUGCCGCGAGCUCAAGAACAAAAUUGCCCUCACCAAAGUGCUCACCUACGCGCUGGAGAAAAGUGCCGAAGAGUUGGAAAUCCUGGACAUGGAACUUGACGGAUCUGGCUAUCUGGACGAGGACAUCGACAUGAUCGACGUAACGCUGAACACCACCUCCAAGUACACCAUCUCGCUUACCGGACCGGACUUCACCGCGUACAAAACCGAGGACCCCUUCCGGAGGCUUGGACCGAUUGCGAUCUUCUCGGCAAGGCGCCACUGGACUGCCCCGCGCUGCAUCCGCCUCCAGAAGGGUAACUCGAUGACGAUGACCGGUGGAGGCACGCUGGAUCGGCGUCGGUACAACAGCGCGCGUGACGGCAGUGCCAGUAGCAGUACCGGGGCCAGCAGCACCGACGGCAGUAGCAUCGCCGGUGGCAGCAGAGGCAAGUGCCAGUGCAACAAGACCAAUUACUACAACGACGUGAGGGCGUGCGAUGUGUGCUUCAAGGACGUGUGCACCAUCUCGGAUGUGGAAUUCAGGGCGAGGAACAAGCUGACACAGCUGCCGUCGAGCGAAGGAAGCGACUGCAGUGGCACCGGUGGCGAUAGCUUCGAGAGUUUUGGCUUCCACGUGCGAGGCGAUGCGCCGGUUAUGAUUUCAAACGUCGAGAUAAAUUCGUUAGCUGAUCUCGGUGGCAUCAAGGAAGGAGAUUUCAUCGUGGAACUGUGCGGAAUCGAUGUCAAGUGGUACAGCAACCAGCAGGUUCUGAAACUGAUCAAGAACUGCUCCAACAGUUUGGACCUGAAGGUCAUAACUCCGAUGGAUCGGAACUAUCUUAAGCCAAUGGCCUCCACCCUGUCGAAGGGAUCGAUUUCAACGCUGUCCGGUAGCUCGUCGGGUGUGUCCUCCGGAGCGCCCAGUCCAACAGGCACCACAACCAACAAACCGCGCUCCAAACUUGGCAAGAACCGACUCAGCAGUUUCACCUCCGGCAGUUGGAACCCGUUCCGUCGAACGCAAAGUUUGGGUAAGAUUUUCUAGGGGGUGACGAGACGGCGGACGAAGCGGAGCGGGCAUUAACCUCCUGGCUGGUUUGUACAGAGAGAUAGAUACUACUUAAACCGCUUAAUUCAAUUGCGAAUAAGUGCAUAGCAUUAGAACUACUUUAGAAUUUGAGGAAAAAAACUUGGAUGCCAUCACUAAAUAAAUGCAGACACACUCAUCUACCUCCCCCUGUCCCUUCGGAGUGGGAAGCUGUGGAUGCAAGUAGUCGAAUCGGAAAGCCUAAUUUAUGAACCUAUUCUUUACAAACUAUCGUAAGGUACUAUUUUAAACCUCCUUCUAGCGAAACCAGGAAGUACUAUUCUCUUCGCACGGAAUAUUUAUUGUUUUAACUGAGCAUUAGUUUAUUGAAGAUGAUUUAAUUUUAGUAAUCCAGACACAUCCAGUCGAUAUUGUGUACAUUCGAGAAAAGUUGGAUUAGGAUAAUCGUUACGGUAGCUGAUUUCGUGACUAGGAAUUCAAAUAGAACAGCUACUAAUGAAGGUUGUUUACUAACACUUUAUAUUCUAUUACGUUGUUUUAGAGUCUAUCAUAAAAAGUCUUAAGGAAAGAGACAUAUUCCAAAAAUGAACUAAUCCAUACAAACACAAACGAGAAUAAGCAAAUAAGCAUGAAUAAAGAUUCCUGAAUCAGA